AUCAAUGAUGGGGGGCCGAAAGUUUUGUUCCCCCGCAGCGGUCUCCUGAAACUCGCCCAAACAAGCUAUCAUGAAGUUCGAUUUUGAUCCUGCUGGGAUCUUCUUCAUCUAUUUGCAACCACUAUCUAAAACAGUUUGUUUGUGUUGUUAAGAUCCGCAUAUUCAAGUCAGCCUCAAACCUGCACUGAAAUUACGACUUGUCUGGUGACCCGACCCUGCCCGAAUCCGAAUUCCAAAAAAACAGAGCGCAAGCCAAGCUCUUCCCGAGAGAACCUGCCACCGAGUAAAGAAGUGAUGACUUGGACCUCGAUACCCGGACUCUCGCUGGCAGCUGUUGUAUUCCAAGCGAAAGCUUCGCUUAUCUCUUUGGAAUCUGGGAUCGGUUGUUUACUCGUUGACGCUCCAGGAACAAUUUGACUGCCCGAGCUGCCACCAUCAUCCGACUCUCGGGUAGCCAGGGGAGUGAUUUUCUCGCCCUCCCGCUCGAUCCGUACUGCCGGGAUGCGUACUCGCCACCUCAGGUAUGCUGUCCGCUUCGUGGUUCUCGCCACCUCGGGAUGGGCAGUGCCGGGACUUCGAAAGAACCACAGACUCGUCGACUCGCUGGCGACUUCCCACCAUCAUCCACAUGUUCUAAGCCAGAAUCCUUAGGCAGGGUCUCAUGACCUGAAGCGCAGCUUGCCCGCAGACAGCCAUGUCCGCUCCAGCGUCGACCCUGCUCGAGCAGAUCCGCUCCCUCGUCACCGUUGACCUCGAUGCGAUGGAUCCCGACAUCGCCGCGCGCCUCACCCAACAGACCAAGUUCUGCGAUAUGACCUCUAAUCAAGCGAUCGUGCACGGUCAAGCGACCAGACCCGAGCGUGCACUGCUGCUGAAACACGCCGUCGAGUAUGCGAAGCAAAAACGCACGAGCACCGGACCUGCGCUGGGAUCGGUCGAUUCCGUACAAGAUGCGAUCGAUGUAUUUACGGUGCUGCUCGCCAAGGAAGUCCUUCCGUAUCUCACCGGAAACGUGCACGCUCAGACCUCGCCGUCCACCGCAUACGACAAAAACCGUACGAUAUCUCACGCCAAAAAGCUGGUGCAGCUGUUCAGUGACUUCGGUAUUCCGAGCUCAAGAGUGUGCAUCAAAAUUCCUGCGACACCGGAAUCUCUGCUCGCGUGUCGCGAUCUUCAGAACGAUGGGAUCCAAACUCUCGCGACAUGCCUAUUCUCUGUUCCGCAGGCCGUCGCGGCGAGUCAAGCUGGUUGUGUCUACGUCGCGCCGUAUUUCAACGAGCUCCGGGUGCACUUCCAGGAAGGCUUGUGGCAUGAGUAUGCCGACACGAAGAAUCAGCACCCGAUGUGUCAGACGAUCAUGCACAUUCGCUCGGCUCUCAGAGAGAUAGGGUCAAAGACCUUGGUCAUGCCUGCAAGUAUCGUGACUGUCCAAGAGACGAUUGCUCUGGCUUCGUUGUCUCCCGACCAUUUGACCAUCUCAGGUCACAUCCUUGAUCUGCUUUCAACACUCCCGGCUGUGGAAUCUAAACAGUUUGACGCCCCAAAGCUCAUUUCAGUCGACUUUCCUACGGGCAAUCUGUUGGAUAACGACGGGACAGAGCUUCGCCGGCUGCUCGAUCAAGACCUAGAAUCCCAACGAAAACUCACCGAUGCUUUGCUCAUUUUCAAUCAAAAGGAGGCAGAGACGAAGAGUCUGAUACUGAACCUCCUGACUGAUCCGUAGAAAAUCCAUAUAUUUGGUUAGCGGCUAUACAUCGAACAUGAACUCAUCGACAAGCACAACGCCAGGGAACAAGUUCUCAAAUUCGUGCUUGUCCGAUUCAUCCGACUGAGAGUUCGGUUUUGUCCUAACACGGCUCGGGACUUCCACUUUCGUUCGACCAAGAGCGAGGGGGAUUGUUCGGCGAGCGCCAGUCCUUCGCGUCGAUGGGAUCUUUUUCGACACUGGCCCGCUGACGGGCACCAUCGAACGAGACGCAUUCGUGCAAAACGGUUCUUCCUCCGCUAUAGCACCAGCGAGUAUGAGCAUCGUGAAAAUUCAUACCACCACGCCCCUCACCGAGUUGGGAAAGUGGAAAGCCGGUCCAAACUUGGCUAUCCGCCGCAAAAGAUUCAAACGAAUGGCUUUCAGUCUGUUUUUGAUCAGUGCUUUGGAGGGGGUACAACGAGGCGAUAACCAGCAAAGCGGCUCCAACAGCUUUGUAAUUGGGAAGCUCAAAGUCAAAUGGGGGUAUGUAUAUUUCUGAGCAGAAAGAUUCAGACACUAUGCUAUGCGAUAAAGCGGUCAAACGAAACGAACGACGUACCGGCGCAUCUGGGUGGCAUAUACUCGAUCUCGUCCUCCAAAACGACCGUCCGUCCAGUCCGCCCAUCAAGCAGAAGCGGGCUUCCGAGCCCCCGUUCGAGCUGCAAUUGCCGCCGAGCAGGCGUGCGGAUGGCAGGAGUCCUCUGACCAUCACCCUCGCGGGCAAAGAGCCCAUUUGUCUUGUUCGCCUCGGUGAGGAGACUCGCGAGGCGCCGCUUGUCCGGUAUCGGAGUGCGAUCAAAGAUGCCUUUCACGUAGAAAGUUUCUCCUGACUUGUUAGUAGCGAUGGGCCCUGCUGGUGUCUCGUCGACGAGCGGUCGGGGGACUUGAUUGAUAAGCGAUUUGCCAGAUUUCUCGGGCACAGCGCGUCGUUUCACGGGAGAAAUUGCUGUCCAGGAUAUUUGAAUGUCUUCGAUAUGCUUCCAAUUGGCUGAGAGCCACUUACCUCGUUCUUGGAGUGGCACAUUGCCACUCAGGCUAUUCAUAGGCCCCAUGAGUGUCUUGCUACCUCUCAGAGUAUCCUUCUGGGAGCCAUGUGGAGCGUUCUCGCGGCCAGGCGUCCUCGCAUUUGAACGCAGAUUCGAGCCAGCAUGAGUCGACCGACUGGAUGGCAUGAUGGACCACUGUCGAGGCGGGUCUGAUCUGUGAUCAGCCAUGUGAUCGUGUGUUAACGUGAUCCGUCACGUGUAUGAAAAACGCACGGACCAUCUGAAAAACAAACUGACCGAGUCUCGCAUUUUUACAAAUGCCGCAUCCUUCAAAUCCACUCGAUGACUUUUGCGCUCGCUCGUUCGACUGAGAACAUGGCCUCUCACCGGGCCUCAAUGACGUUUUGGCUCGCUUGUGGACUGUCCGCAAGGACUGUUCAGAGCGAGCCUGCGAGUCGAGCGUUUGUCUGAUGGAUUCUUGUUUCGGGGGUGUAUGUAUCGGCGGUAGUAGUAAUUUGGCAGACAGAUCUCGAAUUGAUGUAGCCAUUUCUUGAAUCUAUGAAACUCUUGCUAACUUA